AUGGUCGAUACAGCAUCCUACCAUCAACAACAAACUUAUUUGGACAUGUCGGCAGCAACCGCUAAUGGUAUCCUUCAUACUCAUACUAAUGGUCAUGGUUCUCAACCAGAUCAAAUUCCAUUUAAUCUCGAUCAACUACCAGCUGGUUUUGAUUUAGAUGGUCAAGAUGAAUGUAAUUCAUCGGCACGUAUGUUCGAACGAACACGUAUUCAAGUUCUAGCUGAUGAACGUGGUCAUGUGCAAAAGAAAACAUUUACAAAAUGGGUUAAUUCACAUUUAACUCGUGUUGGUUGUCGAAUUAAUGAUUUAUAUACUGAUUUAGGCGAUGGACGAAAUUUAAUUCGUCUUUUAGAAAUUUUAAGUGGAGAACGUUUACCUAAAGCAACACGAGGAAAAAUGCGAAUACAUUGUUUAGAAAAUGUUGAUAAAGCUAUUAUGUUUUUACAAGAACAACAUGUUCAUUUAGAAAAUAUUGGUGCACAUGAUAUUGUCGAUGGUAACUCAUCGUUAAUUCUUGGUCUUAUAUGGACAAUAAUCCUUCGUUUUCAAAUACAAGAUAUAACUAUAGAAGAAUAUGAAUCAACAGAAACAAAAUCAGCUAAAGAUGCAUUAUUACUUUGGUGUCAAAUGAA